AUGGCACAAUCUUCAGAAUCCAUUGAAAGUAGAGUUGCUAGUACAGUUCUAGAGAGUCAUCCUGUUGAAGUUGAAGUGAUGUGUUCCGCAGACAAUUCUACGAGCGUUGAACUACUCGAAGGAGAUGGAAAGAGUGUUGGCACCGUAAGGCUCUGGAAGUAUGCAUUACCAGGACAUCCUGCGGACGAAAUAUUUACCGUGAAAGAGACAAUUGCAAAAAUGGAUGAUGAAAAUAGAUCGCUCACCUUGAACGUCUUAGAAGGAUGUGUGUUGAAAACUUAUGAGGGUUUUAUCGUCACAGUGUCUGUGACUCCAAAGGAGGGUGCCGAAGACUCUGAGUGCAUAGUAAGAUGGAUUCUCGAUUUGGAGAAGGAGCACGAAGAUGUCCCCCAUCCACAUCUUUACAUGGAGCUUGUCGAUUUUAUCAGUAAAGAGUUGGGUUCUCUCCUUCCCAAUUAA